GUAUAUUAUCAAACCCUAGGGCUUUUUUUUGGGUGGGGGAGCACAGUUCAAAACCCUAGCUUUCGUUUCCAGAAAACAAGGGAGCUAUGAAGGUCUGCGACAUCGAUGGAACCCCUCUCUCUCUCGCCCUCUUCACAGACGUCACUAACGCUAAAGAACUUCUGGACUUGAUGCAAGCUGGAACACUGGAACCAGAAGUAGCAUUUCUUAAUGCAUCACUUAUCCCAGAAGUUUUCCCUGUUCUAGCAGCUGCACAUAAGACGCUUCUGGCCAAGUCCCGGGACUCCUUGACCACACGCACUCUUCAUUCUGAGCUCGUUUUCAAUUAUUCAGGCUCUAAGCAUAUUACUGAAUCAUUCAAAAGGUGUGGCAUCUCUGAAAGCUCAACUUACAUCCUUGUGGCUCGUUUUGGCACUUCUGUUGAUGAGAUGAAAGCUGUUGAGAAACUCAUCAAUGGUAAAGAGAUUGAUUUGGAGGAAUUGGCAGUAAGAGCAAACCAAGCCCAAAUACAGAAGCACUACAAAAUAACUGGCCCGGAACUGGGGAUAUCCUCACUUGCAGAUGCUAUUGUAUGCAGGAUUGCUGCCCGUGAUGCCUUGUGAAAAUUGUUAGAUUAGUUUAUAUUUAUUUAUGAUCUAUUUUUGAACUCAGCUAAUCUUUAUCAGUUAAUGAGCCCUCUUUGUACCAUGGUUUCUGGCUUUUAAAUAAAGUCAUUGCUGAAGUUUGUAAUGUGACCAUUACAGUUUUACAAUCUAAUUUUCGUUACGACUUCUAUUUACA